AUGUCAGCCACCUUCGAGUUUGUUCCCGCCGGCAGGUCCGGAAGACCAAAACCAGCCGAUCGAGCGCGCAUACGAAGCCGAUGCAUGCAGGGCAGGAACAAGCGAGAGGACUCCCGUCGCUCACUAAGAGAAGCCAGGCGAUUCGAUGCUUCGAGUGCGAACUAUUCAUCCUCCGCGUCCCGAAUGCCGCCGCCUCCUCCAAGGGACCUGGCGCUCGUCCAGCUCGUUGCCAAUGUUGGACCACCCUCCCAGGAUACCCUGUUCAAGAUCUUUACCUGCAAUGUGCUCAACCAGGCCAUGUCUCCUCUCGAGCCCUGCGUUGACUACAACUAUGUGGAGACCGCCUGCUUCCACUGGCUCUUCGAGGACGUCGCGUUCCUGCAUGCGCUCCUCUUCAUUGGUUCGAUGAUGGACGAUCUUGUCUCUCACAAGCAGCCGCAGCCUGGGAGGAAAACAUACGCCCAUUUACGCCAGACCAUAGCUGCGCUCAACACAGCCUUGUGCGCAAAAGACGCCCAUCUCAAGGACUCCACCCUGUAUGUCGUGAUUGCGCUCACUAGCUUAGCGGUGGCAUCUAGGGACCUGCGUGCCGCUGCUGCGCAUAUGGAUGGCCUCCGUAAGAUCGUACAGCUGAGGGGUGGGCUGGAGUACCUUGCGCAGCGACCAAAGCUGCACUUCAAGCUCGACCGCAUCGAUCUCGCGUGGACUCUUAGUUCUGGCGAGAAGCCACGCUUUCUACCAAGAUCAACCUCGCGCGGUCCACUCUUCAUGACGGCAGAGCGCGUCCCCAUGCCGCGUACCGUACAAUCGAUUGACGGACUGGUAGACGCCAGGCUGGGAAUCGUCUACGAAGACCUCCAGCGUCUGACCUUUGGCCUAAACGAAAGCGCCCAAAAACAUGAGCGAUGGAAUGUUGGCGCCUUCCAGAACGUUAUCACCUGCAUACAAUCCCAACUUCUUCGGCUCGAGGACAACCUCAAAGAUAGCCCGUCCGAAUGCUUACGGCUCGCUAUGCUCGCAUUUCUCACCACAUUGUUCAAGAUUCCCGGGAGGAAUACCCCGUACACAUAUCUAGCAAAACGGCUUCGAAGCUUGUAUCCGACGGUAUUCGAAGGGACUCUAUCGAAUGGUGCCUCGAGCCUGCACUUUUGGUUCAUAAUGGUGGGUACCAUUACUGUUGUGGACCCUGACGAGGAGUGGCUGGUGCAGAUGUUUACCGCAGUCCAUGCGUCGCCACUGUCCUGGGAAGAAGCUAAGAAACGACUGCUAAGCGUCAUGUGGAUAGAGUGUAUCCAUGAUGCUCCCGCGAAAAGAAUGUUCGAGCAGCUCACAGCCCGGGCGCAGAAGUACCACUAA